AUGGUUGCAUUAACUUCAUCUUCUUCAACUCCAAACAAAUCUUUUGAUUUCAUGAUGAACAAUAACAGUAGUAAUCUCUUUGGUCCUUUCUCUUCUUCUUCUACUUCUUUCUCUUACUUGACAAGCAAGGAAGAUGCUCUCACGCAAAUGAACAUCAAUCCAGAAGAGCAUCAUGAUGCUGUUGGAAUUAGCAAGAAAGCUUCUGAAGAUAUGGAGAUCAGUGUGUUUGGAGCUGAGAAGUACUUCAAUGGAGAUAUGGAUUCCGACCACAGUCCUAGACUUUCCUCUCCUCUGCCAAACCCAGAAGUUUCAGUCGAGAGAGUCUUCGUUGGUCUGAAGCAAAGCUCGAAGCAUUCCUCGGAAACUCCGAGUCUUCGGUCUGAAUCCAGCUGGAAUAGUCAGAGCUUGUUGCUUCAGAACAAAUAUGAGAAGAAGAAGAACAACAAGGAAAGCCCUAGAUGCAACAGUUACUUGCAGGAGAAGGAUAUUAAUAGCAAUCACAAGGUGAGCAACAAGAAGAGUUUUCUCUCUAAUCUUGGCUGCAGAUGCGUUUGUUCUAACUGGAAUUCAGUGGAUGUCGUCGACGAGAAGAGAAGAAGCUCUGGUCUGAAGAAGAUCAAAACCCAAACGAGUUUCUCUGCAGAUCUAACCUCAGAGAUGAAGAUUCAUCAACAACAGCAAGAAGCAAUGUUAGAGCAGAGGAAGUCUCUGGAAAUCUUCGGAUCUCCUCUUAUUGAGAAGAGAAUCAUUCAGAAGAAAUUUCCAUGGGAAUUCUCAAGCUCAGUGAAAACAGAGGAGCGUGAAGUCUCUGUCAAGUAUGAACAAGAAGAGGAAGAUGGGAGUGUGAGCGAUCUAAGUUCGGAUCUAUUUGAGAUUGAGAGCGCAACGGGGAAGGCGAAACCCUAUCUUGCAAGGCAAGGAAGCAGCAAUUCAGAUUCACCGAAUUGUUAUGCACCAAGUGAGGUAAGCAUAGCGUGGAGUGUAGUAACGGCAAGUGUAGCAGACUACUCUGUUAUGUCUGAAUGUGCAACGAGUCCUGUCAAAAACCGGUCUUUUCAGAUUCCUCGAAUCCCGGUAAUCUCCAAACCAAACCGAGAAACCGCGCCUCAGAGACGUAAAUCGAGCGGUGGCGGUUUGUUAUUGGGCUGCAAGAGUCAUAAAUCGGUUAGAGUUUCAGGUGAUUCGUACACAAGCGCGAACAGAACACCGAGUUAUGUUCCAAGAUUCCCUGUAGAAGGUAAUCCGACAAGUAUCGAAACACGGAGGAAGAUAAGCAGUAGUUCUGGUUCUCAAACGCAAUCACCGUUUCUGUAUAUUUAG